AUGCAUCUAUCUGUAACUUCUUCUAUUCCAACACUAUCCUCCAAAUAUGUCUUUAAAUACCCUUACCAUUUCUGCACAAAACACAUAACUUUCUCUACCAAUUCUAUAUACUACCUUGUGAAGCAAUUAAGGGCUCAUUUUCUUUUCUUUUUUUUGCUGUUUGCUGGGCAACUGAUGGGUGGAUUCAGUACCCCAAAACCACCUCCAUCUCACCAUGGAGACAUAUUAACUAUUCUGAGCAUUGAUGGUGGUGGUAUCAAGGGGAUUCUUCCAGCAACUGUUCUUGAUUACUUAGAUAAGGCUCUUAAGGCUAAGGAUCCAAAUGCAGAUUUAGCACAUUACUUUGAUGUGAUAGGAGGAACUAGCACCGGUGGACUCAUAACAGCUAUGUUAGCCACCGCAAGCCCUGAUGAUCCUACUCGUGCUGCCUUUACACCUGCACAAAUUGUAGACUUCUACAAAGAAAAUGGCCCUCAUGUAUUCAAUUCAUCUAGACCUGGAAACGAUCCCCAAUUCGAUGGGGAGUAUUUACAUAAUUUAACUCGUGAAGUGUUGAAGGAUACACGACUUAGUCAAACACUGACCAAUAUUGUCAUCCCAACUUUCGACAUCAAGAGACAAAAGCCAGUUAUAUUUUCAAACUACAAGGUUAAGAAUGCUCCGUACUUAAAUACGUUGUUGUCGGAUAUAUGCAUAUCCACUUCAGCUGCACCCACUCAGCUACCACCUUACUAUUUUGUGAACGAUGGUGUUGAGUUCAAUAUGGUUGAUGGUGGUGUAGCAGCUGCAAAUCCGACACAAGCAAGCGUAAGUGAAGCGCUACAACACAAUGAAUAUUUGAAUAUCUUGGUGGUGUCUUUGGGGACAGGAACAACAAUCGAUAGUGCCGGUUUUGAUGCUCGAUCUGUUGCCUUUUGGCCAGUACAAAUUUGGACUGCAGUUGCAUUGGAUAUGCUUAGUCAUGCAUCUUCAUGCCUCGCUGAAUUUUUUCUUGCUUCACUCAUUUCAGGAUUCCAAACCCUAGGAUUCCAAACCCCUGGGAGUACUUACCUUCGAAUUGAGGAAUACAACUUGAAUCCUGAUUUCUCCAAUGGAUUUGAUGUUUCAAAAGAAAACAUGGACGGCCUUGAAGAGACCGGAAAACAACUGUUAAAAGAAAAUGAUGUAAAGAUGAAUUUGGAUACUUUUGAUCUAGAACAACUUGGGGAAACAAAUGCUCAGGCUCUUGACAGGAUUGCUGAUAUUUUGUAUGGAGAAAGACAACAUCGUCUGAAACGGAAAUCCAUGGAAAAGGGAGGAAGACCAUUUAUUCAAACUCCUAGGGUUCUUUCCCACAAAACUCAAGCAAAUGAGGCAUUCCAAAGGAACUUUUUUAUUUAAUGUCAAUUGUAUGGUCGUGUAUUAAGUCUCGUGUUCUCUAUUUCACGCUUGUUGUAGUAUCUAGAAUAAGCAAGGGCAUGUUGAGACUAUGUUUGAUUAAAGUAUACAUAUGCAUGGAGGACUUUUUGAAUAAAUGUUUUUGGUAUUGUUAUAGAAAACGAACUAUAAUGUAAAGCUUAGUCUUCAAUGGAGUUGUUGUCAUGAUAAUGUUUUUUGCAGCAUCAUUUAAAGAAGGAAUGAUAUAUUGUUGUCAUUUGUC